AUGAGUGGCCCCGGCGCGGGAUUCGAAUAUCCUUCCCAGGAAGUUUCCUGGCUGAAGCGAGAUGUCUUGUUGUUUGCAAAUAGCAUCGGCUGUACGGCAGAUGAGCUUCAGUUCCUCUAUGCAUGUCUCGACAAGUGCCACCAGAGGUAUCUGCUUACAAGACCAGGAACUCCAUCCUUCUUUCCAGACUUUUCCAACAUACCCUGUAAUACUCCGUACGAUAACUGUCAUGCCCAUGACUCUAGGGACCAACUGACAAAUUUGCCAGCCUUCAAGCACACCGACCAAGAGGUCAUAGAUUUUUACGCCCGCUCAGCUGCAACGCCCAUACCCAAUGUACCCAAAUUUGAUAGCCGCCGUGUGGUCGAUGGUCAGCGGUCUAUGAAGUUUCUUAAGCCCUUGCCUCCUACAAGCGUAGGCAAGAAAUUUGAGCUGCGGUCCAAAGUUCUUGGCGUAUAUGACAAAGGCAAGGUGGGGACCGUAAUCGAGACGGAGACGGUACUUGCAGAGAAAGGUGGAGAUGUAUACACCAAAGCUGUAGGCAGUGCGUUCUUCGUCGGACAAGGCAAUUGGGGUGGGCCUAAAGGUCCAAGUACAGUAAACUACCCACCACCAGAAGGGAAGAAAUCGGACGCAGUGCAUACUCUGCAGACAGCCAAGGAAUCUGCCCAUCUAUACAGACUCAAUGGCGAUUACAAUCCUCUCCACGCGACCCCAGAACCAGGUCAGGAGAUGGGAUUUGGGGGUGCCAUUAUGCACGGACUCUUCUCGUGGAAUUCUGCUUGUCACGGCUUACUGCAGACGCUUGGUGGUAGUGAUCCUGCGAAUCUAAGAGAGUUUGAGGCAAGAUUUGCAGCACCGGUAAAGCCUGGAGACAAGCUUGUGACAGAAGCUUGGAGGACGGGUGAGGUCAAAGAUGGAUGGGAAGAAGUAAGAUUUAUCACACGAGUGGAAGGGGGUAAAAUUGUUUUGAGUAACGGCAGGGCGUUAAUGCACUGUACGAUAACAAAAAGCAAGCUCUAA